UCCGACACCGAUCAUGUGUUGGAUGUUAGGCGAAUGGAGUCGCUGCUGCUGGAGCUCAGCAAGAGGAAACAUGAGUGCUGCUUUUGAAGGGUGAUUUUGUCUUCUUGUUAUUAUUCUGAAGUUUCUGAUCCAGAUUAGCAAAAUGAGAGAGAAGGGGAGCAAAAGAAAGUUAAAUAUCUCCCAAACAAAUGCGCUAGACUGUCUGCUGAGAUCGAACUGCAGCCAUGCAUAGUUCAGCUGGAUUUCCAUCGGGACACUUACAGAGAGUUGUUUGCAGCUUUGUAGUUGUGCUUCAUCUGAAAACUGGUUUAUUUGCGCCGUUUUCAUCCCAUGCAACCCCUACCAACCAUGGCAAGGCUGCGGAGGAAGGCUUGCGUUGCCCUUUUUCUUUUCACCCUCUUCAUUUUCGGGUCUCUGAUGGGACUGAGGACCCUGAAGCCUACUGACGGAUUCUCGGAUCUGGCUCCUGGCUUGGACCUCUUACCAAUCUUAGGAGGGAGGAUGUCCCGGGAAGCCACCGCGUCCCCAGUCCAAGCCCGCCCGCAAGGGGGAAACACAAAAGCAGUUCUGUCCAACUCUGGUCCAGAGGGGACAAUAUUCUACGAUGUUCACAUCUUUUACUACACUUGGUACGGCAGCCCUCAUAUGGACGGGAAAUACAUCCACUGGGACCACAUCCUGGUCCCACACUGGGACCCCAAGGUCGCAUCCAGCUACCCGAGAGGAAAACACAUGCCGCCCGAGGACAUCGCCUCCAGUUUCUACCCGGAGCUGAAUUCGUACAGCUCCCGGGAUCCGGACGUGUUGGAGUCCCACAUGGAGCAGAUCGGAGCCUCUGCAGCAGGGGUUCUGGUGCUGUCUUGGUAUCCUCCCGGCCUCGCUGAUGACAACGGGGAACCCGCUGAGGAUUUGGUGCCAGCUGUACUGGAUGCUGCAUACAGACACAGCCUGAAGGUCGCAUUUCAGAUCCAACCCUACAGAGGAAGAAAUGACCAGACUUUGCACGACAACAUCAAGUACAUAAUUGACAGGUACGGUGAUCAUGGGGCCUUCUACAAGUUCACUUCCAGCACAGGGAAGAGUCUUCCUCUCUUCUACAUCUAUGACUCCUAUCUCACUCCACCAGAGUCCUGGUCUGAAUUUUUGACUCCCACCGGCUCCCACAGUGUGCGCGACUCCCCAUACGACUCCAUGUUCAUCGCUCUGAUUGUUGAGGAGCGUCACAAGCAUGACAUCCUGGCAGGCGGCUUCGACGGAAUGUACACUUACUUCGCCUCCAACGGCUUCUCGUUCGGCUCUUCCCACCAGAACUGGCAGGCCAUUAAGGCCUUCUGUGAUGGGAACAACCUCCUUUUCAUCCCCAGCGUUGGACCCGGUUACAUCGACACCAGCAUUCGACCAUGGAACAACCACAACACUCGCAACAGGGUCAACGGUCGCUACUACGAGACGGCUCUGCAGGCAGCACUCAACGUGAGGCCGGAGAUCGUCACCAUCACGUCUUUUAACGAAUGGCAUGAAGGGACGCAGAUAGAGAGGGCCAUGCCUAAGAAAACCGUGACCCGUGUGUACUUGGACUAUCAGCCACAUGGACCUGAACACUAUCUGGAACUGACCCGCCGCUGGGUCGAGCAGUACAAUAAAGAGAAACAGCAGUGGCUGAUGUGAGCUUGAAACAGAAUUAUGCUUCACAGUAUCAGAGUGAUCAAAGUGGCAACAAAUGCUCAUUUUUGUGACUAAAACACAGUAUCCCGGGUCUUUCGGGAAAAUGCUGAGAGAAUUUUUUGCUUAAUACUUAAUAGUCCAGGACUCUGAAAUGGGCAUGUCUUAUUUGUUCUUGCACCUCUUAAUCAAAAACAAAUUGUGAAGUCUAUCUCCACAGUAUAGUUUUUCUCUUCAUCACAUCACUAAAGGAUUUCAAAUGA